AUGAAACAACCACCAGGAUAUGAAGAUCCGACACACCCUGAUCAUGUCUGUCUUUUGCAGCGGUCUCUAUAUGGGCUUAAACAAGCUCCAAGGGCCUGGUUCAAAAGACUUCACGAUUUUUUACUGACUGCAGGUUUUUCUUCGUCCAAGACUGAUGUCUCAUUAUUUUACCACUCGGCGGGUGUCUCUAAAGUAUUUCUACUCGUCUAUGUGGAUGACAUCAUCAUGAUGGGGAGUGACGCCGCCCUAGUUGAGUCCUUACUACGUCGCCUUGCAUCAGCGUUCAAGAUUAGAUAUCUCAGCACUCCGGGGUUCUUCUUGGGCAUCGAGACAGUACCGUCUAAUGGCGGGAUGAUUUUGUCACAGCAUAGGUACAUGGUAGACUUACUUCAACGGUCUGGGAUGACGGACUGCAAAUCCCUUACUACCCCAGCGUCUGUCACUCAAGCUGUCACUCCGUCUGAUCAGCCUUUUGAGAAUCCUACGCAAUAUCGGCGCAUUGUUGGGGCACUGCAGUACCUGACUAUCACUCGGCCAGACCUCGCGUAUGCUGUCAACCGCCUAUGUCAGUUCAUGCACUCCCCUACUGACGACCACUGGGUAAUGGUGAAACGUGUGUUACGGUAUAUCAAGGGCACUCUUAACUACGGUCUUCGACUCUCUCCUUCCGCUUCAACUAACAUCCACGCCUACUGCGACUCUGACUGGGCUGGGUGUCCGGUCGACAGGAAAAGCACCAGUGGCUAUGCCGUCUUUCUCGGGAGUAAUCUUAUUUCCUGGCUCUCUCGAAAGCAACGCACUGUUGCUCGCUCCUCCACUGAGGCGGAAUAUAAAGCCGUAGCUGAUGUUGCAGCUGAAGUCACCUGGAUGGUCUCUCUAUUGCGGGAACUUGGGUUGCACACUGGGCGUCCCUCCAACUUAUGGUGUGACAACCUCGGCGCUACAUACUUAUGCGCUAACCCUGUGUUUCACGCACGGACGAAGCAUGUUGAGAUAGAUUACCACUUUGUUCAUGACAAGGUAGCCUCCGGCGACUUCAUGGUCAACUUCGUCUCCACCAAGGAUCAGCUAGCCGAUGUACUCACUAAACCACUACCUGGACCCCGGUUUACAGCUCUACGAGACAAGCUCAAUAUUGUAGAUCAUCAAUCUUGUGCUUGA